AUGCCUUCCGAGUCCACCACCAACGCCGGCAUCGUCACGGACGAGACGAGCGGCGAGCGCCACAUUCCCGAGUCCGUACGCGCCGACGGCAGCACCCGAAAAGCGAUCAAGAUCCGUCCCGGGUACCGCCCGCCCGAGGACGUCGAGGUCUACAAGAACCGCACCGCCGAAGCGUUCCGAGAGCGUGGCAAGCGGAUAGGCAUCCCCGGCGCGGCGGGUCUCAAGGACGAGGAGCAGCCGGAUCAAAGCUCCGCGGCGAACAAGAACGCGAAGCGACGCGAGGCGCGCAAGAAGGCAAAGGCUGCGGCGGAGGGUGAGGGCGAAGGCGCCGGUACCAGCGCUACCAGCAAAGGCAACUCCGCGGCAGAGGCCCAACCCACAGAGAAGGAGGAGGUUGAUCCCGAGGUCGAGCGUGAGAAGAAGGCCCGGAACCUGAAGAAGAAGCUGAAGCAGGCCAAGGAGCUUCAGAGCAAGAAAGAGGGCGGAGAGACUCUCCUUCCGGAGCAGAUCGCCAAGGUUAUCAAGAUCAAGGAGUUGAUCCGGGAGCUGGAUGCUCUGGGCUUCGAUGCCGACGGUGAACUGAAACCCGACUCGGCCAAGGAUGGCAACGACAAGAAGGAUUGA